GAGGGUUGAGGGGAUUACCUUUAGUUUUCUUAAUUUAAUCCCCCCCAGGUUCCAGCUGGUGGAGGUAAUGUAACCAUUAACAUUGGCUGCCAGCCGCCGUUAAACACCAUAGAAGAAGAAACCCCCCCGGUCACGUGACGUGGAGGUCUCCGGUCCGACGGAAGAGAAAGUGGCGGAUUUUAAGGCGCUACGGAGCAUGGUAUCCAGUUUCGGAGUGUCGUAGCUACAAGUGUUAAAAAACACAAGAGGUCGCUAGCACCCCCUAAAGAACGCCUUCUGCAGUCCAGCCCACUAUCAAGGAAUUGAAUCAACUGUGCCAUCCCAAGGCGGUAGACGGUAGUCUCCCUGACUUAGCGUCCAUCAAGUCAACGUUCUUCUAGGCAGAGGAAGGAGGUGUUCUGACCUCAGUGACCCUGGACCUGGUCUGAUUCACUGGUCUUGUCUGGUGAUUCGCUGGUGCUUGACGAGGAGACCAAUAAGGAGUUGAGGAUGAACCUCCAGCAGCCCGCCCCUCUCAUCCCUCCGGUCCACCCAGACAUCCAGAUGAAGUCUCUCCCGUUCUACGACGUGUUGGAUAUCCUCGUCAAACCCUCCAGCUUGGGUCAGUGUGUCUCUGGUACCAGUGGUGUUCAGAGAUACAACCAAGAUAAGUACUUCAUCUUCGCCUUGACGCCUCAACAAGUCAGGGAGGUGUGCAUCUCCAGGGACUUUUUACCAGGCGGCAGAAGAGACUAUAUGGUUCAGAUACAACUGAGGUUCUGUCUUUCAGAAACCAGUUGUCCCCAGGAAGACAACUACCCAAACAGUCUCUGCAUUAAAGUCAAUGGGAAGCUGUUCCCCCUUCCGGGUUAUGCCCCUCCCCCUAAAAAUGGAGUGGAACAGAAGAGACCAGGGAGACCUCUAAACAUCACCUCAUUGGUCAGAUUGUCCUCUGCAGUACCCAAUCAGAUCUCUAUAACGUGGGCACCUGAAAUCGGAAAGACGUACUCUGUGUUGGUGUACCUGGUGAGACAGCUCACCUCACCUCUACUGCUGCAGAGGCUCAGGAUGAAGGGAAUCAGAAAUCCAGACCACUCCAGAGCGCUGAUAAAAGAGAAGCUGACAGCAGACCCUGACAGUGAGAUUGCUACAACCAGUCUGAGAGUAUCUCUCAUGUGCCCUCUGGGUAAGAUGCGUCUGACAGUGCCGUGUCGAGCUCUCACCUGUUCCCACCUGCAGUGUUUCGACGCAGCCCUCUACCUGCAGAUGAAUGAAAAGAAGCCCACUUGGGUCUGUCCUGUCUGUGACAAGAAGGCCCCCUACGAGAGCCUGAUCAUUGACGGGUUGUUCAUGGAGAUUCUGAACGACUGUUCCGAUGUGGAUGAGAUCAAGUUCCAGGAGGAUGGGACCUGGUGCCCCAUGAGACCAAGGAAAGAGGCCCUCAGUGUGUCCUCAACCUGUAUCCCAAAAAUAGAACCACGUCAGUGUCCGGUGGUCCCUCCCCACAGAGAGCCCAGCUCGACCAAUAAGAAGGCAGACGUGAUCGACCUGACCCUAGAGAGCUCGUCAGAGGACGAGGAGGAGGAGGAGGAGGACCCUGACCCGCCACUCAAGAAGCGAUGCCUCUACAUGUCCAAGACCGAGGAGGUGCACGCCAAGGGAGUGUUGUCCUAUCAGCCGUCGCCGGUGUGCCUGCCAAACGCCCUGGACACAUCAUCCUACCUGACGAACUCACUCGCUGACUAUACAGUCCCCUUCCACCACUCCACCCUGUCCACAGUCCCUACGGACAUGCAGGGUCUGGAUCUGUUCUCGUUGAUUCAAGGUGACCCGCAGCAUUACAGAGCUCCCAUGUUCCUGGAUAACCUGACCAGCAGCCUGCAGGGUGCCACCACUAGCGCCGGCCUGGUGUCCUCUUCUGGCCAAUACGACACCAGUUCCCACCUCUUCUCCACCUCUUCUUACCAAACUGGGGUUAUUACCGGGGUAGGGUCCAACAGCAUCUCAGACAUCAUCUCAUUGGACUAAUUCUCUGGUCCCUGUGAGCUCAUUGGACUGAUUUGUCUUGUCACUCACAGGAGCCUUCUAUCAGAAGCCUUCAAUUGGCUGUGUCCUGAAAUGGAAUCCUAAUCCCUAUAUAGUGCACUACUUUUGGCCGUACAGCAGAAAGUAGUGCACUAUAUAUUUAAUAAAGUCUGCAUCAGAAAUGGCACCAUGUCCAUAGGCCUUCACCACUGGGACAGUAAAGAUACAUUCCUUUCGCCAGACCCCUGCUUUUGUAGGUCAGAGUUGAUGAAAGGAUAAGAAAGUUAAGAGGCCUCACACCUAGACUCCACGUUGACCUGAGGUGGCCGCCUCACCCGCACACUCCACGUUGAUCUGAUGUAAUGAGGAACAGAAGAUUGCCUCUUCUAUUGGAUGAACUGACAUGGAAGUGGAACUAAGGUCGACGGUGUGGAUUUGUUUGAAACUGUUGUGUGUCAGUACCUAGGAGGAGUCAUCCCAAGGAUGUUCAAGGAGCAACACUUAUGUAAAACCCCAUUGUACGGUACAUUUGGAGUAUUCAUACCCCAUUGAUUAAAUAUUAUGUUACAGCCUAAAUUCAGAAUGGAUUCAAUUGAUGUCCCCCCCCCCCAUCUACACACAAUACCCCAUUAAUGUCAGUGAAAACCUAUUUUUAAAUGAUUGAAAAUACAAAAAUAAAUCAUUUUCAUAAGUAUUUUUACCCCUGAGUCAAUACAUGUUAGAAUUAGUCUUUCUGGUUAAGUCUCUAAGCUUUUCUGGAUUGUACAUUAUUUGCACAUUUGUUUUUUUAAACAUUUUUUUUUUUCACACUCUGUCAAGUUGGUUGUUGAUCAUUGUUUGACAGACAUUUUCAAGUCUUGCCAUAGUUUUGACAAAUCUGCUUGAAAAUCUAACUUGGCCACUCAGGAACAUUCACUGUCUUGGUAAGCAACUCCAGUGUAUAUUUGGCCUUGCGUUUUUUGUUAUUGUCCUGCUAAAAGGUGAAUUAGUCUCUGUUGGGAAGCAGACUGAACCAGGUUCUCUAGGAUUUUGCCUGUGUCUAGCUCUCUUCCGUUUUUUUUUUUUUUUUUUUUUUAAUCUCCCUUGCAGUUGACAAGCAUACCCAUAACAUGAUUCAGCCCCCACCAUGCUUGAACAUAUGAAGAGUGGUACGGAGUAAUGUGAGGUGUUAGAUUCACCCCAAACGUAACACUUUGUAUUCAGGACUUUUAUUUCUUUCCCAGUUUUUUUUUUUUCCCAGUAUUACUUUAGUGCCUCUUAUUGCAAACAUGAUGCAUGUUUUUGGGAAUAUUUUAAUUCUGUACAGACUUCCUCCUUUUCACUGUCAUUUACGUUAAUAUUGUGGAGGAACUACAAUGUUGAUCCAUUCUCCUACCACAGUCAUUAAACUCAACUGUUUUAAAGUC